AUGGCCAAGUGCCGCAGUCGCUCCAUACUAAUUAACGAUGAAGCGCCCAUGCCGGAGGCACCCUGCCCUGCGCCAGCUCCUGCUCCAGUUCCAGCUCCAGCGAGUCCCUCGCCACAAGCCCAACAACAACAACAACAACAACCGCAACAACAGAACUACUUACCUCAAACAUCUUUGCUGAAAAUCGAACCGUUCGUUCCUAGUUUUAAUCAAAGACUACGCCGGCGUCCUAUUGGUCGCUCCCAUAGCACCUUAAGCCACAAUGCCGUCCCGAAGCGUCCAGUGCAACAGCAGCUCCAUAUCCAGCAGCAGCAGCAGUCGGAGCUCCAGGUUGGCCAGCCGCAGCAGCUCAAGCGGAGCUAUGCGGCCGCCGUCCAAAUCCGGCAGCAGCAACAGCAGCAGCACCAACGGAACUUGCCACGUGGCGUUGGCAUCCAGCGACAGCGCUCCAAGUCCACCUCCUCCUCGGCGGCCUCCAACAACUGUCGCCCGGCCACAGCCGCUGCCACGCCCAACACGCUGGUGGGCAGCACAGGCGGAACGCUGGUCAGUGGUGCCAUAGUAACGCCCCAGCCUAAUGGCAUCUGCCGGAUCCAGCGGCUGGCCAAGGAGCGCGAGGAGCUGCCCGACCGCAUCAAUUAUGACCGCCGGGGGCUGACCGCCAUACCCAUCUUCGAGCAGGAACCCAAUCUGAGGCUGCUGUCGCUGCAGCACAAUCUGAUCAACACCUUCCACAUACCCAAGGAGCUGCCACCGCCGCCACCGCCUCCGCCGGCGGUGCCCACUCCGGCUAUUGCCACACCGAGGGAGGGGAAUAAUAAUAAUAUCAAGCUGGGAGAAUACAACACCAACGGAAGCAAGCAACUGCCGGAGGGAGGACGUUCUGGUCUGCGUGGCCACCAUCCAGGGAGACUCACCCGCGCCAUGACCAAUGCCGGGAACCCGCACAACCACCGCCUGUCGCCAAAAUCCGGCGGCAGUCCAGGAUCGGGCAGUCCGCUGACCACCCAGGCACUGGCCAUCAAUGGAGGCGGAGCCGCCGGACGAUCCAAGCUUACCAAGAGGGGCUACAACUACGGACAGGCGCAGCUAACACCGCCGCCGGCCCUGAGGAUGCGUUACGGUCUGGAGAAGUCCAAGAGCUUUGUAAGCAGCAGCCUGCAGGCGAUGAAGCACCAGCAGCAGGUGAUACAGCGUCGGGCCUUCCUCAAUGCCAACAGAGGAGCUGGAGCAGGCCUACCCGGAGGAGGCGGAGGUGCAGGCUGUAAUCUCCUCCAGAGCUGUGACGAAGGCAGCGCCCUGCAUAACAGCAACCUUUCGCUGUGCGGCGGCUACGGCGAGGAAGAGGACGCCCCCAGUGUGAUGGCCUCCAUUUCGGCCCUGGAGCAGCUGAGCAUCAAGAACAAGCAGCUGAGCCUAAGCGCCAGUUACGGGAGCAUAUUCCAGCAGCUCGUUUUCCUGGAUCUCUACGAUAACCAGAUCGAGAGGAUAGCCAACUUGGAUGGCCUGCCGUCGCUGUCGGUCUUGCUGCUCGGCAAGAACAGGAUCACGGAUAUAGGGGGUCUGUCCUCUUUGAAGGACUCACUCAGGGUGCUGGAUCUGCAUGGCAACAAGCUCACCAGUCUGGGCAGCCGCAUCAACUGCCUGCAGCAGCUCAAGUCGCUGAAUCUGGCGGGGAAUCAGAUUCGUCAGAUUAACCAGCAGGACUUCCUGGGACUCCGCUGUUUGAGGGAACUAAACUUGAAGAGGAACAAGCUGCGGCGGAUCAAUGGCUUCCAGCACCUCGUGGCCCUGGAGCGGCUGUGGCUGUGCCACAACGAGCUGCACCGCGUGGACGACAUGGCCAGCAUUGCAAGAGCCAGCCGUCUGCUGGAGGUCACUAUCGAGAACAAUCCCGUCUCGCUGGCGGGGGACUGCGUGUCCUUCCUGGUCUCGUACCUCCCGCUGCUGCAGUCGCUCAGCCAGAUGCCCAUCACAGAGCAGGUGCGUCGAGCGGCCCUGGCCUGGCGCCAGCACAAGGAGCAGGCUCAAGCUGCUCCCGGGAGCUCUGAAGCCUAUCAGAGCAUUCGCCGGGAGGAAGUGAUAUCCAAUGCGCGGACGAACUGGGAGCUGCUGCGAUCCCAGCAGACUGUUGUGGGUCGUCCCAAGAGCCGGCUGACCAGCGAGCUGGCCAAGAUCAACGAGUCCAACGAAGGUCCAGCCGCCGAGGAGGCGGAGACUGAGUCCGAGGAGUCGCAGCAGCCCAAGGAGCUAAUGGACGAACUGCAAGCGCUGAUCAAGUUGCCUCCGAUAGCCAAGAACCUGCAGACGCCGCAGGAGGAGGAUGGCGGCUCCUCGGAGGCCUCUAGCUUGGGGCCCAACGUCGACUCCUGCUCCAGUUGCUACAGCACGGACAAUGAGGAGGGUGUCAAGAACAAGCCGCAGACGCCACAGAUGGACGAGAACUGCAACAAGUUGGGAUUGGUGGAGAAAAGUCCUCCGUCACCUGUUCCAGCUCCUCCCCCAGCGUCAGCUCCAUCCCCAGAUUGCACUAAGGUGAUACCUCCGCCUGUGGUAGCUUCUUCUCCUUCGCCGCCUGCCUUGACCUUGACGCCACCGGCUGCUCCUGGAACUCCAGUGCCCGGUGCUGCCCCUACCCCGCCACCAGCCGCAGUGAACAAUACGUUGCCAGUGCCCGCCACAGCUUCCUCCAGCACCAGCCGUCCGGCCAGCAGCAAGCAGCGAUCCAGACACGCACCCAUCACCCAGUUGGGGUUGCAGAUAAACCAGAGAGGGGGCGCAUCCUCCAGGCGCUACAUGGCUGGUAGCUUGGUGCGGGCCCAGACCGUCAGCAGCAGCACCAGCAACAGCAGCAGCUCCAAUAGCACAGGUCGCGGCAAGGCCUCCAACAAUGGCCUAACUCUGGUGGCCACACAGACGAAGGCUUCGACAAGUGCUUCGUCCAAUCAGUCAUCAGCGGGUGCUGGUACCACUGCCGGAACAGGGGGAGCAGGGGCAGCUGCAUCAGGAGCUGGAGGAGCAGCAGCCACGCCCACAGCGGCCAUCACGGUAUCCAAGCCCAGCGCCGCCGAGCGGGAGAGAGAGCAAGGCGGCGAUUAUCUGAUCGAGAUCUGCGGAAGGUACUUAAACAUCUAUGGCCAGGGAGCCCUUCGCUUCAUCGACAAGCAGUGGAAUCCGGCCAAGGCCAACGAUGUGCACACCCUGAACUUCAGCUACAUCAACUUCAACAGCAUUGUCUGUGUGCUCGGAAGGAUCAAGGUGCGGUUUCCGCACGCCGAGCACUUUGUCUUCCGCGAAACGAACAUCUCCUGUUUGGGGCAGAUCAAUGGACUGGCCGAGCUGCAGGGUCUAAGCAGCCUGCUCAUCGAUGCCGAGGGAAAUGGCAUCACUCUGAAGGAGUCCUGGCGAGCGUACGCUAUAUACAGGCUGUCGCACUGGGGUCUGAAGCAGCUCAACGGACAGGAGGUCACCGAGGCCGAAGUGGAGGCUUCGAAUGCCAUGUACGUGGGUCUCUCCGAUCUGGUGCUGUGGUCCAUGCCGGAGGUGAUGCUGCAGCCUUUGUUGGCGCGCCUGCGUCUCGAUGAGACCUGCACGGCCAGUAAGCUGUCGCCAAAGGAGUGGCUCCUUCGGCCGGACAACAAAUCCCUGCGUCUGGUGGUGGGCAAGGAGGCGCUUCAGUGGAAGAAGAACGCCGGAGGUGCAGGAUCUGGGGCGACAACUGCCUCUGCCAUGUCCCUGAAUCCCGCAACAGAAGCGGGAAGCACUGCCAUGGCGCCCAGUGCACGGGAUCGAGGCCGCCAGCACUUUGCCGUGCUGCUGGAGAACACCUGCAACGCUGUGGAGAAGCUGCACAAGCUGGAGACGCUCUGGCCGAGCAUGCUGCUGGACAUUGUGCGGAAUACACUGCUGGAUUACGCCCAGUUGGAUGUCUACCUGCGCAACCUCAUGUGCGAGCUGAUGAAGUGAG